AUGGUCCGCCUGACUAUAACGCCCGCUAUCCUACGGGCGCUCGAAGAGCUCCAAGAUAGAGGCCAGAUUCCAGAGGCUCUUGGCGGAGCCUCUGAGCCCUCGCUUGACCAGCCUGCUACAGGCAAUCCUAUCACCCAUGGACAAAUCAUCGCAGUUUCGAAGACCUUGAAGGAAAUCAAGACAGAUGCAACCAAUGAAAAAUUCGAUACCCAGGUCUCAUACCAUCUGGAUGACCUCUUGCGAGGGUCCAAAGUCUACGUCGAACCGCCAAAGCCUAAAGCUGAGCCUAGCUCAGAGUACAAAGCCUUAAUGGCCCGUCUUCGAAGAGAAGAGGAGGAUCGAGCCUACGAGCGCAUGGUCAACCCUCCUCUGCGUACAGAAACUUUCUCACAACGCUUUCCCAACUCUUCCCACGCAGCGCUCUUCCCCACAUCGCAGGCGGACAUUGGCGAGGACGAUGAAGUCUCCUAUGCAGACAUCAAUCGACAGAUGACGCUGAUCAUCAACAUACUGAUCUCCAUCGUUGCGUGUAGUGUCGCUAUCUGGCUAGCUGCGCGCCAUUGGAGUACGCCCACCAGGCUUGGCUUGAGCAUGGGCGGCAGCGGGAUGAUUGGUAUUGCGGAAGUCGUGGUGUAUGCGGGAUAUCUGCGGCGGAUCAAGGAGGCUCGUGAGAACGGGAAGAAGGAUGUAGAAGUCAAAGAAAUAAUUAAUACUUGGAUCAUUGGUGGGGGAGAUGAAAAGGCUGAUCGUGACGAAUCUAUUUUGCUUGGUUCAGAGGCGUCAAAAAACGACGAAUUACGAAGGAGAAAGGCUACUCCCAAAUAG